AAAAAACCCGCAGUGAGUCUAGAGUGGGAGGCUUCAGGUCUAACAUGAAGCUGACUUCCACUCAUUUCUCUAAAUUUAUCCCCAUCCUGGGAAGCCGAUGGGUGGGGAGGAAAUAACUGGGAUGGAUGCAACUGGGGUUAGCAUUUAAGGCAUCCAUUGAUGAGGGUGGAGGGGCUUUGGUGCUACAUCAGGAUGCUGUACAGAAGGACGGAGGACAAAUUUCCUCACAGCAGACCUCUGGGAAGCAUCCUCUUCCACAUCCACCUGUUCCAAGGCUUUAAGUCCUCAUCUCUCCACAAUGCAAAAGAAGACCUCAGACGAGGUGCCGAAGGAGGUGCCAAUACCGAAACUCCCAGCUGCCAACAAAGGGGCAGUGGAAUUCCUUUCGCUCAUUGAACUGAAAGAGAUAAAGUACUGCGUUUUUGGGGAAUCGCUGGUUGCCAUCUCGGAGAGUGGAGAGACUCUAGGAACAUUCACCAUCUCAGUGGAGGAGACCAGCUAUUCACCAGAUGACUGGGACGAAGAAGACGUGUACCUGGUCCGUGCCAGCAGCAAGGGGACCAUUGAUGGCAUCCCUUGCACAACGUCCAUUACAGGAUAUGUAACAAAGAAAUUGGAAACUGUGGAGCAGCACACAAAGGAAAGUGUGAGGUUCAGGGAGCACCCAGUGGAAACCAGGACCCAUGUGGUGAGACGCCAAGACCAGAUUUUUGUGAGCAAAACUGUGGUGGAAAGAGAUGAAGAGAUCCACGUUGACACAUUUUCUUACAAACGUGCACAGCUUCAUGGUCUAGUCUCAGAGUCUGCCAACUUCCUGGUGAUGCGGGUGAUGGCCAGGAGGCAAGCCGUACCACAGGAUGCCAUUUUCCUCGCAUUUGGCAUUGACCAGCACAUCUGCCCCUGCACCUAUAGGAACCUGGGUGUCCAGAAGCAGAAAGUGGGCAAAGAGGAGGUGGAGGUGUUUGUCAUCGAGAGAGCUGUGCACUCCGUGGACGAGGUCCCCCUUUGCUGGCAGUUCUACUUCCUAUCGGAUGGGCAUUUAUCUCGCCGUGUCCAGGUUGGAUCCCCGGCCACCAUGGUGAUCCUGCAGAUGCCCAUUCUGAUUGACACAGAUGAACCAGACCCUCGUCCAGUCUUCGAGAAAAUCCCGCUGGAUUGGGAAGAGGAUGUGCAGCUGUAUUCCCAGUUCUUAGACAGAAAGGAGGAGCUGCAAGCAAGCCAUGCCACCUAUGUGCGUCGCCACCCAGAGCUCCGUGCACUGUUGGCAGAUUUCUUACAGCUGCUGCUCCUUCGCAAGCCCGAUGACGUGAUCACCUUUGCUGCGGAGUUCUUUGCCCCCUUUUCAGCGGAGCGCCCGCCGUGCAGGUCGUUUCGGUCAUCCAACAAGCCCAGCCCCUUUCGCAGCCACGUCUAAACUAUUCCAGCAGAAGAAUAAAGACUCAGAGAAUGACACUGGGGUUUGC